AUGAAGACGGCGACGACGAAGAUUUUCAACUACGCACGCGUGCCUUGCGCUUGCACAGCCAUGGACUUUAAGUCAAUAUGCGCAAAGGAUAUAUUUAAAAAAUCAGUUCAUAAGUAACCAUUGUACGGUGAAAACGUAGUAUCCACAUCGUUCACAACCACAAAAUAGAAUUGAUUCAAUUUCAAGCGAUUUGAAAAUUGUUCGGUGACAAGUUUGAAUAGAAAGAAUAGCAAGCCGUUUCUAUUUCGACUCUUUUCUGGUGUUGUAUUUUAAAUCAGUCAAAAUAAAUUGAAUUGUUAUUGAAAGUGCAACUAAAUUUUUUCCGCAAAUAAUAAUAGAAGAAGAAAAACGAAAGUUGAAACAAAAGUGAUUUUCCGGAAUUUGUUUGACAUUUUCACAACGAUCAUUUCAGAUACGCACACCGAUAAUUAGUAUUAUCAUUGGUCCAUUGUGCUUCGGAUAUUGUGCGUGUGUGUGUGCGCAGUUUGUGUUUGCUCUAUAGAUACAAAUUCGUCAUUGAAAAUACCGCUUAAACUUGAUACGCAAAUUACAUGAAUCGAAUUCUCUCGCUCUUCACACCGAGAACGAAGCAAAAUGAAAACAGAACGGAACGAAAUCUGAACGGGAAAAAUAUAUCGCACAGCGAGAGAGAAAAACGCGCAAUUAAAUUGCAUUGAAAAUAAUAUGUUUUGUAUUCAGCUCGAAUGUUUAAUAAAUUUACGUAGUGAGCGUGCGCUAACUGCAUCGGAAACAGGCAAAACAACCGAAAAGAAAGAAAUAAAAUAAAAGAAACAGUGAAGAGAAGAAAAAAGAAAACGAAAAAAAAACUCACUUUUGAAGUGACGACGAAUAAAGACAGGAAAUUAUUUAUAGCGGUGAAGAGCAAUUUUCCGUGAAUUGUGGUGCAAACAACAACAACCCUGACCGUAGUGUUAACGACAUCUUGCCAGUGGCUGUUCGUGUUGUUCCCAUUUGAUUCGGCACAAAAAUUAAAUCAGCGCUUGGACCAACGACCACCGCAUCAAAUUAUAACACACCGUUUUGCUGAACUUUUGACAGGCGCCCAGGCAUUUAAGCAUCGAGAGCCAAAACGAAAGAAGAAGAAAAAAACAUUGAAAAAUGAUCCAUGACGCAGCUAAUCAGGCGGCAUCGGUGCCAGAGGAGCUGUACAAUUUGACGCAGUUGGCUGAUGUAACUUUGGCGGCUGGCAAAUUAAGCACAACCAACAUUCAAACGAUAAAGGAUUACAUCAGAAGCGAAGAGUCAAUAGCACCUGCAACGCCGCACACAAUCAAUCGUCCAUUGCAAAUGACCGAAUUGAUUGUGAUGAAACGAAGUAAUUCGUCCGAUGCUUCAGACACAUCCAGCGAUACAAAUUCACCGCAAAAAUUACUCAGCGACGCCGGAUACAUGUCCGACAUGGAAUAUUUAGAUAAGAAAACAUUUUUAUAUGCAUUACAUUCGAAUCACAGCCAAUCAAUGGACACGGACACAUCAAUUGCUGACUCGAGCACCGCAUCAAUUAAAUCAGCAUUUAGCGAGCAGCGUCAAAGUUCAUUUUCAUCAUCCGAAGAUGACUCAACAUUCAACUAUUCGCACAAAAUAUUCGACAAACGGAAGUCACGCAAACUCCAUUAUCAAUCGCAGAGUUCGGAAAACAUGUUGAAAUCGGUCAAUCCAUUCAAUUCAAAUGCAAUGGUCAUCGAAACCGAAGACAGUAUGCUUUCGAUCAGCGAAACUGAGAGUAAUGAUGAUGGUGAUCGUCGACGAAAAAUCAAAUCGAGUUCAAUUGUCGACGAAGUGAAUGCGAGAGAGAAAAUGAACGCUGACUUAGCAUCCGAAACGGAAUCAAUGAACAGUAAUUGUGGAACAGAUGAUGUUCACACGUGCCCGGAGUGUGGCAAAAAGUACUCAACAUCAUCGAAUUUGGCCAGGCAUCGUCAAACCCAUCGUUCGUUACUCGAUAAAAAAGCUCGCCGCUGCCCACACUGUGACAAAGUAUAUGUCUCAAUACCAGCGUAUAGCAUGCAUCUUAAGGUGCACAAUCAAGGAUGCGAGUGUCCACAUUGUGGUAAGAGAUUCUCUCGUCCGUGGCUGUUGCAGGGUCAUAUUCGCACACAUACCGGUGAAAAACCGUUCCAGUGCUCAAUUUGCACGAAAUCAUUUGCUGACAAAUCAAAUCUACGUGCUCACAUACAGACUCAUUCAAACACUAAGCCACACACUUGUGGCCGAUGCGGUAAGGCAUUCGCUUUGAAAUCGUAUCUCUACAAACACGAAGAGUCUUCGUGCAUGCGAAACCAUUCGAAAUCCGACAAGGAGAAGAGCAAGCCGACGAUGCGAUCGAAAACAUCGAAAAAACUAACAACAUAUGGAAAUCAUUCCGUUGUUCUCAAGAAGAUUAAGGAGAUGGCCACCACCAGUGACACACCAAUAGAAUGUGUGAAUGCGAAAUCGAAUGCAACGUCGCAAGAGUGCAUCUUUUUGGAUGCCGGUUCCAAGAAAAGUUACAUCGAUCUAACCGAAGCAAAAGCAACCAUCGAACCAUAUCCUCGAAUCAGUGUCAUACGCACAGUCGGAUCACAGUCACCGUCCGCAUUGAAAUCCGAUCAAUUUGAAUUUUAUCAAGAAAAACCUGUUGAUUUCUCACCGAAACACAAGUACAAAUCGGAACUCACCAGCAACGAGAACAAAACCAUCUCAUUACCAAGUCAGUACACAACAAUGGUUGUGUGAUGAAUUCUUUUGUAACUGGUAGUUGUUAAGUUGAAUCAGAUGCGUUUUUUUCUGACGUAUGUACGAUAUGUACGGGCUAUGGAAGAAGUGGAAAAAGGAACAUUAUCUUUCGUUGAGCAUGAAAUGGUUGACACUCACUAUCGUUCAUUGCUACAAAAAAAUACACAUGUUCGAGGGUCGAAUUUGAAACCGUAUGUUUCGUCUUCCGUUUUCCAGCUCGAAUUUUUCUUUAUCAUUAAGACGAUGACAAUACUAUCUGAAACGACGAGAGACUUUUUUUCGAUUUGCGAAUAAAGUGCAUGGACCAAUAUAAAUUUAAGCAAUUUAGCUCGUAAGUUGUACAUUGAACUUAAAUCAACCCGCUGAAAACCAAAGUGCCAUUAAUUAGUUUAAGAAAAGCAACAAUUGUUUUGUUUUGUGAGAUCAAAUAAUUCGACACAAUCAAAACUGCAUGAAAAAAAUAUAUAAUGAAAUGUGAUAUAUGAACGAUACUUUGUUUGUUUAAGUUGUAAUUUGUAAGAUUUUUCUUUUGGUUAGUUAUAUAUCACAUUCAAAUCACACGCUUUUUGAUGUCGCUUUUGGACAUUCAGUAUGAAAAUAUUCAAAUCGAUUUAUCAAAUUCGUCUAAAUUAAUUCUGUAUCAUGUUAAGAUAAAAAAGCAUUUAAUGCUCUUCCUUCAUCCUGAGGAAUGACAAUUGAGCAACGAAUCAUAAACAGAUGACACUAUAGAUCAACGAUGUGAAGGAAUGUGUUAAGAUUAAUUCUUCUUUUUUUUAGUACGUAGAAUGAAGAAAAAAACAAUUCAAAUCAAAUGAGAUAUUCUAGUCUAACAUUGUAUUUAUCAACAUUUAAAUCAAGCACGAAAUGAGCAACAAAUUCAAACAAGAAAAAAAAGUGUUAAGGAAAUAUAUAUUCUGAUUUUAAUAUAAGACGUAGAUACGUAUACGCUAAAUAUGAUUUAGUCGACAGAGGAUACAGUGUGGCCGAUGAGGUGCAAUACAAAUGCUAAGUUAUUUAUAAGCAUUUGUUUUAGAUUCAUUCAAAUGCAUAUUUUUUCUGGAUACUUUAGCUAAUAAUUAGUCUAGUUAUCUUUACUUGAAAUAUGUUCGCAUUUCUAGCAGAAGACAAAACAAAAUCAGAGAAAAAAAAAUGGUUGAAAAAUUUUUCUUAUUUGAAUAGCGAUAGACGAUCUAGGCCAUUUUUAUAUCUAUCAUAUUUGAAACAGAGUUAUUAAGCCAUAAUCUAAAAUCUCGGAUAAUUGUGUGAGAAUUCAAUUGAAAAAGAGAGAGAAAAAAGUUAUAUAUGGCCUAAAGUAUUUGGAAAGAGGAGAAACAUCAUUUCCUAGGUAUUAGUUUGAUGCAAAUUAUCUCACAGUUUUUUUUUUCUUGUCUUUCUAGUUUUUUUUUUGUCGUUAUAAGAUUUCUUUUUAGUAUGUAAAUUGGAUUGAAGUGUGCAACAUGUAUCGAAACACAAAAUUGAGCCUGGAUUAUGAGCUUUGAUUCUGCUUGGCAAUGAGGCCAAAGUUUGAUAGUUUUUAGUUGUUUUUUCAAAAAAAAAAAUAGCUUUAGGAGGUCUUUUUUACAGAUAAAUUUUAGAAGGAAACAUUACAAUGUAUGUAUUUACUCUCAAUUUUGUAGUCAACUUUUUUUUUACGAUGAAUAAAGAAACGAAAGAAGACAAAGCCAAAAA